CAUCGUGACGACACAAAUGAACAAGUAUUCAUCCUUGACAGUUCAGCGGUACUGUUUACAAACAAGCUUAAACAAAAAUCGAAGAGCACAUCUAGAACAAUCAUCUUCACACUUUGCAACUAGUCACUUUUAUUUAUUAAAUAUCAAAAACGAACCGUAUUCAAUCGUGAACAAAUGUUUUAAAACUUUAUUUAGGCGAUACGGACCGUAAAUAGUCUGAUCCAAUUUGUCAAUAAACAAACAAAAGAAAUUUCUGUUUACAAACAGUACUGCUGGACUGUCAAAAAGUGUUCAUCCGAUUGAGGUUAGCAGUGACGGUAAAAAACCUAAUAAAAGGAAUUCUUGAUUUUCAACAAAAGCUAUACAAAGUUGAUGAAGAUAUUCUGAAUUAUAUUUAUAAAAGCUUCUUUUCUAAUGAUUUUCUCGUAUCUACUGAAAAAUGGAUCAAGACACGGAGGUAUUUAGCAAUCAUUCCUCAUCCGGCAAGUUGACGCACAGCUGUGACGUAUGCGGUAAAAGUUUUCUUGGGAACAGCCACCUGACGCACCACAAGCGCAUUAACACCGGCGAAAGACCCUUCAAAUGUGACCACUGUGAAAAAACUUUCGCAAGAAAUUCGGACCUCAAGAUUCAUAUCCGGUUACACACUGGUGAACGUCCAUAUAAGUGCGAUCUUUGCGGCGAGGGAUUCCGAAGAAAUUAUGAGCUGACACAUCACACUAGUGUUCAUACCAAUUUGAAGCCGCACAAAUGUGAUGUGUGUGGCAAAGAAUUUAUAAAAAAUGGAAGCCUCACACUGCACAAACGAAUUCACUCAAAUCAAAAGCAGUUCGAAUGUGAUUUUUGCGGUAAACACUUCUUAGAUCGAGGUAAUCUGACACAGCAUAGACGCAUUCACACGGGUGAAAAAUCGUACAAAUGUGACGAAUGUGGCAAAGAAUUCAUACUGAGUAGUAGUUUGAAAAAACACCUGCGCAUUCAUACCGGGGAACGACCGUACAAAUGUGAUUUCUGUGAAAAAACGUUCAACAAUAUCAGCAACCUCGCAUAUCACGUACGAAUACAUACCGGUGUCAAACCUUACAAAUGUGACUUAUGCGACAAGGAAUUCAAAGGCAGUACAACAAUGAAAAAUCAUCGACGCACCCACACCGGCGAAAAUGCUCACCGGUGUACCGUGUGCGACCGGGAGUUCAUUACUAGCAGUAAUCUAGCGCAGCAUAUGUACACUCAUACCGGUGAACGUCGACAUAAAUGUGACGUGCGUGGUGAAGGAUUCCACAAAAGAAACCAGGUUGGUGAACACCUGACGCGAGUUCACCAGCAACAGAAAAGUUAGAUAUAAUUCAUAAUUGCUUGAAAUACGAAUACU